CUGGAAGACCAUGAUUGAUGGGGAGGACUGCGCAGACCCUAGCGAGGGCAGGCCAUGGCGGAUGUCCCCGGGGCGCAGCGACCGGUUUCCAGCGGAGGCCCAGAACCUCGGGAUCCCCUGGAUUGCUGGGCCUGCGCUGUGCUGGUAACGGCCCAGAAUCUACUGGUGGCUGCCUUCAAUCUUCUCCUGCUGGCGCUGGUGUUGGGGACCAUCUUGCUACCCGCCGUCACCAUGCUGGGCUUUGGCUUCCUCUGCCAUUCCCAGUUCUUGAGAUCCCAAGCACCCCCUUGCACCGCGCACCUGCGGGACCCGGGCUUCACCGCCCUGCUGGUCACCGGUUUCCUGCUCCUGGUGCCAUUGCUCGUGCUUGCUCUGGCCAGCUAUCGCCGCCUCUGCCUGCGCCUCCGUCUGGCCGACUGCCUAGUACCCUACAGCCGAGCCCUCUAUAGGCGCAGACGCGCCCCGCAGCCGCUGCAAACGCGGGCCUCACCAGGGUCCCCAGCCGUUCCCACAUCAGGAAAGGUCUGGGUCUGACGAAACCUCAAUUCAAGAACAACCUUGACUACAGUCUUCCCUCUCAUCUGCCCAAGGACUUGAAAUCCUGGGGUCUUCUCUGCCCCCAACUACUACCUGAGCCAGGUCCUAGCAUCCCUUUGGAGAACAUAACCAGUGGAGCCUAUGCUGGUGAAAAUCCCCACACCUCCGAAAACCCACUUUCCUCUCACUACCCACAUCUAAAUCCUGAAUAUCUGGGCUGGACUUUACACACGCCAGUGUUCUCACCCCCCUCUCCCCAUCGUGAAUAGGACAAUUGAGUCUCCUGUCCUUUUCUGGUGCUGCUCCCCUAGUAUUUACUGGGCUAGGGGGUAGGGUUGGAAGGCAAGGAGUGCUCAAACAUCAAUAAAGAAUUAAUGAACUGAA